CUGUUCUUCUGACUCUCCACCGCCGCAUCUGCCCUUGCCUCUGCGUCUGCACCUGCCUUUGCGUCUGCAUCUGCAUCCGCAUCCGCAUCCGCAUCUGCAUCCCAUCUCCAAGCAGCUCACCGCAUCGUCCGAGGCCUGUCUUUAAGCACACCCACCAUCCGAGCAUCAGUCGCUUCCCUCAAGCAUAUCGUCAUCUCCUCGAACAGCUCACCGACCCUGGAUCCGCCUGACAUUCCUGUCCUUGCACCAUGUCCGUCCUGCAUGUCGAUAACGCCCCCGCGGGCGUGAAGCGAUAUGCCAAAGCAAAGUGGAACUACAACGCCAUCGAAGACAACGAAAUCUCGUUCUCGGCCGGCGAUUUGAUUGAGGUCGUUGCCCUCUGUAACGAGGACUGGUAUGAGGGACGAGUUCGCAAUGAGCAGGGCUACUUCCCUGCCAACCGGGUCGAGCUCCUGCCCGAGUCGCCCAAGCCCGCCUAUGGUGCUGUCAAGGUCGGCUCUUACUCAUCAGAUCAGGCACCGAAACGAGUGGCGUCAUACGAAGCCGCCAGCAACCUCUCCGCAUACGGGCAGUCGCCUUCACAGUCCAACUCGAUACCUGUCUGGACGGCAGGUGCCGGUCCCAAGGACGGCCGCUCGGGCUCUGAAAUCUCGGAGCCUGCUCGCAUAUCGUCGAUGCACUCAGACCACGCUGGCGAUACUCGGAGGUAUCUGCGUUCCGAGUUCGGCGGCUCGCCCACAGUGUCGCCCUCGCCCUCCCUCCAGUCCAUCACCGCUCAGGUCAGCAUCCAUCCCGUCCGCACCAAGAGCAAGGCCACCGAUCGCGAGCUUGGUCCUUCCAGCGGCAUCUCCGGCACAGUGCAGCCCACCGUGAAGAGCACCGUGACCCAAGGCGAUGGGAGCACCCCUGUUCCACCCGAGCGCAAGAGGCACAUCUAUCCUGCCAUCGAUCGAGGCAAUUCUAACGACCCUGUCAAGGCCCAGGGCCAACCCCUGCUCAUGGAGCGCUCGUCGUCGAUCAACAACUCGCCAUCCGACGGCUCGCCCACCCCGGUCAACAAAAUCCUCUCGCCCUCCAGCUUGCCUCCUCGGACGUCAUCGACUGCCACCACCCCAGCUCUGUCCAACAAGGAGUUCUCGGCAUCGCCCUCCCAGCUGGAUGGCAGUCCCGCGCAGCCCAUUGCCAUCCCCCUUUCCUCUCAGAGCGCUCAGUCGACCCCGGCUUCCCAGCCCUCCCAAACCCCGCCGUCGAUCCAGCCCACCCCGGUGCUCGAUUCGUAUGUGCCGGAGCCCCCCGUCAGGUCGCAGCCCCUGGCCCUUCCCGAGAUUCCCCAGUCCGACUACCACUUCUCCACCCCGCGACUCCUCAAUGGCAAACUGUCCUUUGCUGCCGACAAGCCCGAACUGCUGGACUCGCUGGACAGGCCUCCGACUCUGCCGGACAAGGAUGCGGGCUCUGAGUUUGACGCCGCGCCUGGUGUCGUGGCUGCUCCUGAGCCUGUCGUGGCGGCUAUCGAGAAGGCCGUGGAGGAAGAGACCGCGGCCGAUGUCGCAAACGGGCAGGGCAACCGUGAAAACGACGCCGACGAAGAAGAAGAAGACGAUGAUGACGAAGAAGUCGAACUGGAGGGCGCCGAUAUCGGCAACGGCUGGAGGCUGAUUCCAAACAACGGCGAGCCCUAUUUCUGGUUCCCCGAAACCGGCGAGACCACGUGGGUUGAUCCCCGCAUUACCGAUGCCGGCGAACAUGCGCACGAGCUUCAGGAGCCAACCCCGGAAAGCUCUGCAUCGAGUCCCGUCAAGCCUACCGGCGAACCAGAGCCAGUCGCUGAGCCAGUCGCUGAGCCAGCGGUUAAUGGCGCUGCGCCCGAAGACAAGCCUUCCGUCACCUGGGAUGCGAUACCCUCUCCCGGUCUGGAACCCGGCUCGCUGACCAACGCCGCGGCAAAGAUCAAGAGCAUGGCCUUUUACGACUUCCGAGUAUCCUUUGGCCCCACUCCGGAGAUUGCCGCCCAGCUUGGCGCCUCGAUCGCGCUUGAUCUGCAGAAGCACAUCCACUCUCCAACUGAGUCUGAACCAGCCUCGGCUGCCGUGGAUCCCUUCGAAACGGCGGAGGAGGUUGAGACCACAGGUAUCAAUGACGAGCGAGAAUCUGAGGACGUGACCUCGCCUAGCCAGCUGCAACCGCCUCAGAACACACUCUCCAACAGCUCGACGGCAUCGGGUGGGCUGUCCCAACUCCUCCAAGAAGCACGAGAUGGCUCGUUGACACUCACAUCCGUCAACCCGGUACCCCCCGAGCUCGUCCGCCGCGAGGGCCCAAUCCAGAAGAAGCUGAAAUUCGAAGAGGGCAAGAAGGAGCCUCGCUACUCGACCUCCUGGACAGUCUCGUACGCAAUCGUCUGCGUUGGCUUCCUGCUCUUCUACAAGGAGGACCCCAGUCGGGCCAAAAAGGGAGACAUCUCUCUGCCGACGUGCGUCCUACCCCUCACCUCGGCCACAACCAUCGAGAACGGCACCAACCACACAAAGAAAAAGUACGCUGUCUCGCUGACGACCGAGAAGUAUGCCCACUGGCUGCUCUUGUUCCAGACCGAGAAGGACAGCCUCAAGUGGAUCGAGACCCUCAAGGAGUGUGCCCGCGAAAAGGCGGCGCCCAACGAGUACGAGUAUGUCGUGAGCUGCCUUUUUACAAAGGACCAGAACGGCGCUGUUGGUCCCUCCUCAUCACCGCAGAUCCAACCCGUCUCGAUCGGUGAUUCGACGGUCGUCAAGGCCCAGAAAAAGAAAGGCUUCCUCGCUGGCAUCCAGCAGAAACACGGCGCUCCGGCAGACGCCAGUGCGGAGGAGCAGGGCGAGAAGAAAAGUGGCCGCGCCGCCGUGUUCAAUUUCUUCCGGAGACCCGGCGAGAAGGGAGCAGGAAGCAAGACCCCGAAGAUGGAGGCGGCUGUCCCUGACACAUCACCAGAAGAUGUGUUUGGUGGCUAUCUCGACUUCCACGUCGAUCACGAGAACGAUAUGCGCAUCCCGAUGAUUGUGUAUCAGUGCUGCACCGAGAUCGAGAGUCGCGGCCUGGAGUCGCAGGGUAUCUAUCGACUCUCGGGCACAACGUCGCAUAUCAACAACCACCGGGCCCAGUUCAACCAGCGUCAACCCGUGGCUCUGAAUGAAGAAGACGACAUCAACGUUGUUGCCGCCCUGCUGAAGCUGUACUUCCGCGAGCUCCACAACCCGUUGUUCCCGUUCGAGUUCUAUCAGCAAUUCAUGGAUGCCGCUCGCAAGGAGGAUUACAACGACAAGCAUUACGAGCUGAAGGAGCUGAUCCAGUCGCUGCCGAAAGCCAACUAUGACGUCCUGGAGUUCCUCAGCCGCCAUCUCUGCCGGGUCGCUGCCCAGUCGGAUGUCAACAAAAUGGACUAUAGCAACCUGGCGAUCGUCUUUGGCCCCACCUUGAUCCGAACGCCCGAAACCAAUGCCAUGAGUGGCUAUGACAGCAUCGCCAACAUGAGUCUGCAUUCUAUGAUCGUGGAGCUGAUUCUGACAAAAGUGGACUGGUUCUUCGACAGCCAGUCCGGGCUAUAGGAGCGCGCCAGGGCUGAGGCCGACUUUGCUCCGAUCUCAUAGAUUCACAUUGGGAGCCAUGGCCG